UUGCAUGGCCUCGACGUUGAUCCCGUUCCAAAAUUUUUAUUCCUUUGGGCCGCUGGUGUUUUUAUGUGAUAUUAACGACAUUAUAUUUCGUGAUGGUGUUCUCUAAAAGGCCAUGGAUUUGAUGAAAACGGAAUAUGAGUUCCUAGACUUAUCAGAUGUGAAAGAAGCGGAACUAAGUAGUCUGCAGUGUGCACUGUUCGAGCGGAAGACCGACACGUCGGCGUACACAGCCACUGUCGGUUGGAUUGAACCUGCUAUAGAUAUAUCAUCGUGUUCGUCGAGCACGGCGGGUCCGCCGACCGUGUCGAGCAGCCUGGACAGCCUGUCGGGCGGCGAGUGCGAGAUGGCGCCCCACUCGCCGCAGCGCGGGGGCGCGGGCGCCGGGCCGCCGCACGCGCAGCCCUACGUGCAGCAGCCGCCCGCCUACCCGCCGCCGCAGCACCACCAGUGGCCCGUCGCGCCGCCCAACGUGUACGUCAGCCAGGUCACCGCCAACGUCAACGUGCACGGCUACAUGGGCCAGUACUACCAGCCGCCGCAGCCGCAGUACGUGCCGCCGCCGCAGCUCGAUAGGCCGCCGCGCGGGCAUCGCCGGGAGCGCCGCGGCAAGCGUGUGCCCUCGCCGCCGCCGCCGCAACCGCCGCCCUACUACCUGCAGUACCCGCAGUACUACCCCGCCGCCCAGGCGCAGGGCGCGCCGCUCUACCACGUGCCCAUGUACCAGCCCCUCGUCUAUGGACCCUACGCACAUCCACCAUACUACUAUCCAGAAUACCCGUUACCGGUAGAGGGUGAUACCGGCGACAAAGGUCCAGAUGAGUAUGCGCAGGAAGUAGUGAUGGAACAGGAGGCGGUGGAUGCUUAUUAUGCUGGCACACAUUAUGCGUUCGCACCACCGGUCGAGGGCAGCAUGGAGUAUAUGCCACCGAUUUACUUACAACCUCCUCCACACCCCCCACAUAUCCCUAUUCAGCAGCAACCACCUCACCAAUCGACGCCGCAUCAGUUUAAUGUGCAUGCGAAAAAUUUCGUUCAAGGCCAAAGUCACAACAAAAACUAUGCGUUGCCAGAAAACAAGAACCACGAACAUAAAACUCCCACGGCGACGGUGUCGGCUACUGCCUCAGCUGGAUCUGUGGAAUCAUUGCCAAUCAAAGAUCUCAAAAUUACUAAUAAAGGCCCGAGUAGUCCUAAACAGGCUGACCGUCCAAGUGAAAGUAAUCAAACUAAACCGAUGACCGCUACCAGUGACAAAACAUCACCCGUUCAAAAAACUGAUUCAACUAAACCGGCCUGGGUACCUAAUGACAACAAAGCACUGGAGAAUACUUCUAGCCAGGGACAACCGAUAAACAAAACAUUCCCUCCUACGGCAACAGCUAACAUUCAGGGAGCGUCUGUAGCUAAAACGCCACCAAUAAUAAGCAAAACAACAAAAGGACCUGCUGCUCCAUUUACUGGUGGCAAACAGUCAUCAACAACAAAACCAUCCGUGCCGCAGACCGUUGUACCUGUUCAACAGGCUGCGUCCACUCCAAAAGCACCAUUCGGAAACCGACAGAAACGAGAUGGUAUCUCAAACCGCUCACCUUCUAAUGAAAACCCAGAGAACCUCGAGAAGAUUAGUGCACCCAUUGAGCAGCAUUCAAAACGGGAGCCACCUUUGCCACCAAGCAAGGCUCCAAUGCCUAUUUCGAUAACACUACAUUCGCAAGGUCAACCAUUAAUUGUGACGAAUAAAUCACCAUUCGGCCAUUCCAGGAAGGUAGCCCCAGCGCCGGAACCAUUGCCGAUUCCCCAACCUCCACCACCUGCUCCUACUGCAUCCGACUUUCCACCUCCUCCAACGCCUAGGAAUCGUGGAGAACCUAUUCCUGCACCUGUGGUACAACCUCAACCACAGCCAGCCCCUGGUAAAUCAUGGGCCAGUUUGUUCUCGAACAAGGCUGCGAUUGUUACAACUACCCCUGCUCCUGCUCCUACCACGACUAUCACUACUACUACAACUUCAGAAGAACCUUCUAGCCCUACUUCUGUUACCCCCAUACCCUCUGCCAGUGUCCAGAAACCUGUCGCUAAAGUGCCUCCCUUUGAUGCUUCGCCACUGCAGACCACAGUCGUCGACAAAACUUCGCCUACGCCUCGUACCGCUACUAAUGCCGGUCCUACGGUGUCGUACUCUGAGAAAACUUCUGUGAACGCCGUGAGCAAUGUAAAUACCCCGGCCGGUACAAAAUCUCCGGCCGCCACUCAAGUUGCUUCAGAAAUCCGCGAAAUGCCCAUACAAAAAGAACCUACACCUGCUCUUCCCAUUGCGCCAUCACCGUUUAGUGACGACCCAAACUCGUAUAGAAUGGGAGAAUUCCUGACCAAAUAUCAACUGGAUAAUCGGCCAGUGUCUCUCCUGCCGCGCGGUCUCACAAAUCGUUCCAAUUAUUGUUAUGUGAAUUCGAUACUACAGGCUCUUAUCGCCUGCCCACCUUUCUAUAACAUGCUCAAGUCAUUGCCGUAUCAAACACGUCGCGGCAAAUCUAGCACGCCUGUAAUUGAUUCAAUGGUGGAGCUGUGCUACGAGUUCAGCCCCGCGGCGGGCGGCGGGGCUGGCGGGGCGGGCGGAGCGCGGGGCGCGCGGCGCGGCGCGGAGGGCGGCGGCGCGGGCCCGCCGGGCGUGCCGGGCGGCCCGCCGCUGGACGGCGCGGCCGGGCUGCGCGUGCUGCGCGCGCUGCGACCCUUCCCCGGCUCGCAGGAGGGCCGCCAGGAGGACGCCGAGGAGUUCCUCGGCUGCCUCCUCAACUCGCUCAACGACGAGAUGCUCGAGCUCAUCAAAUUAGUAGAACCUGAAGAACCUAAAGAUGCUAACGGUCAACCUAACGGCGUUAUUCCUCAGGAACAAAAGCCAGAAGAGGAUGACGAUGAUGAUGAGUGGAAGGUGAUGGGUCCGAGAAACCGCGGCGCCGUGGAGCGUCGGUGGGCGGCGCGGCGCACGCCGGUGGGCGACAUCUUCCGCGGCCGCACGCGCCUGCGGCUGCACCGCGCGCCGCACCACGACGUCACCGACGCCGUGCAGCCGUUCUUCACGCUGCAGCUCGACAUCGAGCGCGCGAACAGUGUCAAAGAUGCCUUGGAGCUGCUCGCCGGCAAGGACACCCUCGAAGGAGUCUCCGAUGCCUGGCAACAACUAUCACUGGAGCAGUUGCCUGUAGUCCUACUUCUGCACCUUAAGUGCUUCCAGCUCGAUCCGGAGGGACAUACCGCCAAAAUCGUCAAGAAUAUCGACUUUAACAUUGAUCUCAAAAUCGAUCCCAAAAUUAUGUCUUCAAAGCUGAAGUAUUCACAAAAACAGAGACUAUACAAGUUGUUUGCUGUUGUAUACCAUGAGGGAGUGGAAGCAGUGAAAGGACAUUAUGUCACGGACACUUACCACGGACAGGUUGGCUGGCUCAGAUAUGACGACUCGACAGUGACUCAAGUGGGUGAGGCACAAGUACUGAAAGCCAAGCCUCCACGCAUGCCCUACCUGUUGAUGUACCGCCGUCACGACACGCUUCCGCCACCAGCGCCACGCCCGCGUCCCGAAUGAGGGGCCAUUCGGCAUGCUUGCCACGCUCGUCACACUUGUCCCACACCACCGGCGACCGUAUGUUAUUGUUCUAUAAACUUUGAGAUUAGUGCCAGUUCAGUCCAAAUCUGGCGCCGGAUAUAGAUUCAACGAAAAUGCCAAAGUCCUGAUUGUGGUACUGGUAUUAGAAAUGUUCUCAAAUAUUGAAUAAUCAUUUGCACUUUGCCGUCACAUGUCGGUUUGAGCGCACAAUAAUAUAUUCAA